AUGACCACUCCUUGCUACAAGAACAGAAUGGACUCCGACAGCAAACUGACCACCGAGAACACGAGAAUGACCUCUAGCUUUUUGAUCAUUGUCAUCGUCACAUCAGUUUUUCUGUCAACUCAAAUGCCACGAAUUUCCGCCCAAGACGGUGGAUAUUACGUCGCGGCCGGGACUAGAAUUUUGUUCGUGAAGGCACCCAACACUGACGUCAUAUAUGAGGAUGUCAGUCGCAUAUCGCCCGGGUUAGCUCAGUCGGUUAAAGCGCCAUGCCUCGCCUCACUCUGCUCUUACGCAAUGGCCUGGUUCGAAUACGGUUCGCCAUUAAAACUCAAAGACCAUGGCACACAUGUGAGUUUGUCGAAAAUAAUCACAGUAGCGUACGACGGCUACGAGGUUUCUGGGAAAGGACUUCUAUUUUGGAGUGAUAUUUCGGUCUCGAGGAAGAGAAUUUUUAAGGCCAAAAUCGAAAAGGCACCAGACAUCACGGAAGAAGGGACAUUGGAAAUGAAUAUAAACGUCGACGCAGUCACAGGGCUAGCUCUGGACUGGAGGACGAACAACAUCUACUUCACUAGCGAGAAGGACCAAACAAUCAGCGCCUGUGCUUACACUUACACAGACUUCACAGCCAGAUGUAAGGUGAUCAUCUUCACAGAUCUUCAGAGACCUCGCGGAAUCACUCUGGAUCUGGAUGCAAGUUAUCUCUUCUGGAGUGACCAGAAGACAAUGAAAGUUGAAAGAAGCAUGUUAGACGGCUCUAAUAGGACCACACUGGUCACAAACGCUCAGCUGCCCAACCAUAUGGUCACUCAUAGAAGCAAGUUGUACUGGGUGAACUCGGACAACAAGACCCUGGAGAGAUGUGACUACUCCGGAUCGAACCACAUCAUAGUCGCAUCCCUAAAAAACUUAGUCGAGGACACCCACAUUUUCGGUUUAUCGGUUCUCAACCGGUUAUCCGGUAAUCCGGGAAUCGGUCCGAAUAAUAAUAACUCUUCUUCACCUCCUACUCCCACUCCAGCCCAAAAUAUUCCACCCCCAACAUCUGCACCAUUUCUACGGGACGAAUUUAUCAUCACCACACUUGGGAAGUUAAUGGUGAGGGUGGUCGUGCCCCUUGGACAGGAUUGUGGGGUGGCUGAGAGGUACAUGAGUUACGCGAAGGCUAGUGCAUUGUUUGGGGUGGCUCAUUACAAUGGAGUGCUUAACCAGACUAGGUCUAGUACUGUGUGCAUAAGCGAUUCAGUGAACCUUCUCUGCUUCCCUGUCAAUGGUGCUGCAGUGUACGCUUGCCCGUCCCAUUCCCUGUUGAUCUUAGAUCCGUCUGCCAGGGCCUGCGUUGAGCCAACACGCAUUCUGCUGUUUGCGAUGGCUGACCAAGGUGUGGUGGCAAUGGUGGGCAACCCUCGUUCAGUGACGAAGGCCGAACUUCACAUUCACGUCAAAUUUGUUCGCAGAUCUUCGCGUCCGAUCGCUGUGGCCUACGACGACUACAGGCAGGUAGCCGUGGUGUAUUACAGCCAGCAAUGUCUCCUAUUCUACACAAAUGUUGGAUCAGUAACAAUCAACCAGGUGAAAUACAACUGGCACACACUUGAAGUUCUGGAUGUUUGUGACGUUAAUGGACCCAAAAAAAUUCGUGUGUUGACCAGAAGUGGUCAGAAGUUAAGAGGAUUGGCUAUUGAUGGCAAGUAA